AAAUAGGAAGAAAAAAGAAGACCAUCCACAUCCACGUCCCACUCUCUCCUCCCACUUCGCAACCCGUUCCGCUCUUCUUCAGAGAAACCCGCCCGCCGCCGCCGCCCCGAACGACCAGAUCUGCUGAACUGAACACACACAAAAAACCCACACACACACCCUGAGCCGGUUUUAUCCCAGUGUCCCUCUGCCUCUGAACUGUGCACAUUCAUUUUUCCACCCUUCCCAUCGACCAUCCCUUCUCUCUUUUGAUCUCCGCACAUCGCUGCUGCUCUCGUCACGCGUCUCCAUCUUCUUCCACCUCAAGCUCCCGCCGCCCCCUCGCAUCGUCGUCGAAACCCUUUUUCCGGCGUAUCCUCCUCUUCCUCCUCCCGUCUUCCACCCCUCCCGUCCUCGGCUCUCCGUCAUCAAACCUCUUUCGAGUCACUUCUGAGCGUUUCCCUCACGGCCCAACACAUCUUUCGAGGUACGCUCUUUGGUCAUCCAUAUCGCUCGCUUUGCAUCUGCUCUUCCUCCCCUCCGAGCUUAAAUCUUCUAAUCCUCUACUCUCCGCUCCCAUUGGCGCAUGUCGUAAUCCUAACAUUCCAUCGUUCAAAGGGUCCUAGCUAUCGAAUAUCCUUCCGCGAAAGAAGAAACCUCCCCGCAAGCAAAAGCGAAAAAGCCCCGCAGAAACCUCGAGCUUUCGCCCUCUCGCGACCUUCCAUCGCCGUCUUCCUCCUCCCUUCUACCUUCCUUUCGGUCCGAUUGCGCCCAGAUAUCCAGAUUUCACAGAAGCAAUCAUGGCAACCAACGGUAACUACACACACCCGGACCAGUUCAAGGGCGCUGUCGAGCCAACAUCAUCAGGUCCCACCUCAACCAACAAUGCCGUCUCGGCUGGAAACAGCAACCUCUCUAAGGAUGAGGUUGGCUGGUACUUUGUCGAGCAAUACUACACAACCCUGAGCAAGAACCCGGAUAAGCUUCACCUCUUCUACGGAAAGCGCUCCCAGUUCGUUUAUGGUAUGGAGGCAGAGGUCGCAAACGUGUCCGUCGGCAGACAAACUAUCCAAGAGAGAAUUAAGAGCCUCGACUUCCAGAACAGCAAAGUCCGCAUCACAAACGUCGACUCCCAGGCCUCUUUCGACAACAUCGUCAUCCAGGUCAUUGGUGAGAGCUCCAUCAAGUCCGCCGAACCCAAGAAGUUUGUUCAGACCUUCGUCCUCGCGCCUCAACCCUCCGGCUACUUCGUUGUCAACGACAUCCUGAGAUAUAUCAACGACGAGGAAGAGGAAGAGGCCGCUCCUGAGGCUGAAGCGGCCCCUGAGGAGCAAGCCGCUCCCGAGGAGGUUGCCGAGGUCUCUGCUCAGGCAGAGGCUGAGGAGCCCAAGGUCGAGCAGACCCCCGAGGAGGCCACUGGCCCCGCUAUCGAUGUUGACGAGGUUGAGAAGAAGCUGGAGGAGGUUAGCGCCGCCCCCCAGGACGUCGCCUCCAACAACGGCGAUGCCGAGCCCGCGGUUCCCGAGCCCGCAAAGGUUGCUGAGACCAAGGUCGAGGAGCCUGCGGCUGACCCCGAGGCCGCUGCGAAGGAGAUUGCUGAGGAGGACGUCACCGAGCCCGAGAAGCCUGCCGACCCCUCUCCCACCCCUGUCGCUCCCACCAAGGCUCCCGCCGCCGCCGCCGAGCCCGAGAAGCCCAAGCCCGCCCCUGCGCCCGUCCCGAUGAAGCCCAUGUCUUGGGCCAGCCGUGCUGCCGCCGCCGUCGGACCUAAGCCUGUCGUGCCCCUUCCCAAGACCGCCACUCCUCCCGCUGGCCAGGCCAAGGCUCCUGCCCCUGCUGCUCCCGCCGCCGCUCCCGUCAAGGAGGCUGCACCCGCUGCCGAUGCCCCCGCUAAGGAGGCUCAGGCCCAGGCCGCCAAGGAGGACUCUCCCUCCGCUGAGUGGCAGUCCGUCGGAGCCGACUCCAAGCGCCAGAACCGCCCCCAGUCCAUCUCCCAGGCACCCACCGAGAACUACGGCACCUUGGGAUACGUUAAGUACGUGACUGACAAGGUCAAGGCCGAGGACCUUAAGGGUGCUCUGGCUGCCCACGGCGAGCUUACCUACUUCGACAUCAACCGCCAGAAGAACUGCGCGUUUGUCGAGUUCGCCACUGUUGCCGGCUACCAGGCCGCUGCCGCUGCCAACCCCCACACCGUCAACGGCGAGAACAUUAUCGUCGAGCCUCGUCGCCCCAAGGCCAACGCCUACGGCGGUAGCAGCUACUCCUCCAACACCCCCCGCGGCAACGCCACCGGCGGUGGCCGUGGCCGUGGUGGUUUCGAAGGAGGAAACCGCUCCGGCAGCCAGGGAGGUGGCCGCGGUAACUUCACCGGUGGUCAGGCCCGUGGCCGCGGCAGCGUCCGUGGCCGUGGUGCUUCCCAGACUGCUGCUUAAAGCAGGACAGUCAUGUGCUAGCAGCGCCGUUCAGGGUCACAUCUACCUAAAUGAGCUUUUGACCGGCGAUGUCGACACGAAGUAUCGAUCCUAUCAUCCACUAUCUUGCGUGUAGUUACCACCCCCUACACCACGAUAUCUAUCACCCACGACCACCACGACGUUCAAACUCGAGUUCACUACUUCCCAAACCAACAAUAUUCUCACGGUCGUCAGACGAUCACUGACGAAGGAGAGAAAAGCUACAGUCACCUUGAUUUCUUUUGCAAGGAGUUCACAGGGCAAGGGCGUGGAUUUACACACCGUUUCCUGUACUUUUACACCCCCCAAAAAUCUUUUCAUUUCUCAUUUCUUGUCUUUUGUUUUCUUCUCGCGCUUGCGUUUUUCCAGCAUUUGCAUCCGCGCUCGUGGCAAGGCAACUCCUUCUCCCCGGGGAUGAUUACCUUCGUCCCAGCGCAAACAACGUUUUGAGCUUGCUCUUUCUCACUUCUUCACUACCACAACCAAAAAUUUGAUGGCGGUCAAGGAUGGAGUUCCCUGUACAUUUGGGCGAAGUUGGAACGGAA